AUGCAAGCAGCGCUUAUGUUAAGAAGUAAACAGCGCAUUGCGCGUAACAAACUUCGACGUCAACGACUCGGUGGUCGGAAUGAGAUUCCUAGUCAUAUUGCACCACCAUGUCUGGAGAUUCCACCAUUCCCGCAGUAUCCACCAACACAAGCUGAAUUUGCACAUAUCAAAAUAAAGCAAUACAUGAUCCACAUUUCGUAUAUGUGUGGAUUGACAAUUUGA